GUCACCGCGCCCUGACGUCAGGCCAACGUGCAGCGCGGUCACCCGGGAGACCGGGGAAGCCGUUUCGCACCCUGCGGGGUCCCCGGCUAGACUGUUUUUCUGCAGUGCUCUCAGUGCAUUUGCGGGGGAUUAUGGAUCGCCACAUUCCCACGCAUGCAUUACCUGAAGAAAUCCAAAAGAUGUCUCCUGAAGAAACAGUUUGUAAAUACUGUGGCGUCAGCUAUCUAAUUCUUCAUGAAUUUAAGGCCAUGGAAGAAAAACUGAAAGCAAUGGAAGAAGAGGUGAAAUUUUAUCAGGGAAGUGUAGAUCGAGAAAAGAGACUUCAAGAAAAGCUGCAGUCUCUUAGCCAGGAGUUUGAACAGUACAAAACUGACAGCGAGUCCAAGAAUAAAAGAGUUCAAGAUUCAAGCAUGCAGUUAAAAAUGCAGCAAAAUGAAUUUCAGAAAGUACAGAGAGAAUUAGGACAUCUACAACAUGAGUUAAAAAUUAAACAAAAACAAUCCCAAGUCUUCAGUCAAAGAUUGUCAGAAUACAAAUACUUCUGGAAUAAGACUCUCUUAUUACUUAAUUUUACUAAAAGGGAACUAACCAGUAUUAAAUAUGAAAUAUAUGAUAAUUUUCAAAACUGGACUUCACUGAAAGGAGAAGUUUCUCUACAAGUUAAAUCUAUAAGUGAUACAGCCUCGGCAGAGAUACAAAUGUUAAAUAAAAGUCUGACAGUGACCCAGAGAAAUAAGGUAUGCCUGGAAGAGGAAAUGAAAAAUCUCAAAUUGUUGUCGGAUGCAGCCAUACUGAAGUCUCAGCAGAUGCAGGCCUCCAAACAACACGAAGUGAACCUGCAAGCCAGAUGUUACGAGCUGCAGAAGGGAGCUCUAGAUUUACAGUGUCAAGUAGAGGCACUUGCGUUGAGACUUCAGAAGACAGCGAUGGAGCUGGACAACUGUAAAGAGAUGCUCAUGAAAAAAUCUAAUGAUGCUGAUAACUCUCAAAGAGAACUUAGAAAACUGAAGUUUGAGUCCGUUAUUUCAGAGUCAAGGCACAAAAGGCUACUUAAAGAAAAGGAAGACUCUUUAACUACUUGUCAACAACUUUACAAAACUUUACAGGAAGAGCUGACUACAAAAGAAAGACAAGAAGAAGAUAUAAAAAGAAGAAUCAACCACACAGAAAAUGAACUAGAGCUGACCAAAGCUCUCCUGCACCAGACACAGGAGGAAAUUGUAACAAUGAAAAAUGAAAGGGAGUUGAUGCUGGUUUCUCAUCAGAAAACCGUCGAGCAGUUGCAGGAAACCCUGAGGCAGAAGCUGUUGAGCGAGGAUAGCUGGAGGGAGGAGAUUGAAGCUGAGUUGGCCAAGGAAAGAGCCCAGCACCUCAUUGAGUUCCAGGAGCAAGCUCUUCUCUUUAAGGAAGAAGCUAAACUGGAACUUGACAUUGAAAAAGAAAAACACCAGGAAUUAAUUCGGAAGUAUCAGCAAGAACAAGAGGGCUUGCGGAUGAAGAUAGCUGACUUAAUCGCAGAUGCUACAAAAGACCUGAGGCUGGAAGUGGCCUCUCUGCAAGAAAAACUCCGCGAAUCCCAUUUUCAAUACACUGAAGAGUCUGAGUCAAAGAAAAAAGAAAUCGAAGACCUGAAAAAUCUGGUUGCAGAAUUUGAGUGUCGCUUGGAGAAGGAAACUGGCCGCGGUGAUUCAGUUUCCGAAGACUUGAAGAAGGAAAUGAAACAGAAGUCGGACGAACUGGAAAGAGUCAUGCUGGCCCAAACACAGCUGCUGCAGCAGUUUAGCCAGUCACAGGAAGAGAACACUUUCCUCCAGGAAACAGUGCGUAGAGAGUGUGAAGAACGCUUUGAACUGACAGAGGCUUUGAGUCAAGCCAGAGAACAGCUCCGGGAGCUCAGGAGGAGCGGAGGAAGCUUGCCCUGUUCCCUUAACAAGGGCGCCCUAACCUACCCUGCCUCGGCAGUCAGUAAUCACCAGGAGCAAAGCAGCGUGAGACAGAACUGUGGACGAGGCACCAACGUGCCCAGCCUGCGUGGACUGCCGAAACCCACGACUUCCCCAACCCCAGAUAAGCUCAAGAAGGUUGGCAGCUCCGGACUUCCCUCCCUUCCCCGGCCUCAUCCUCUCGGCCGAGCAUCUUCUGUAACUGAGGCCAGACAGAGGUUGACAGCCAUCCUUCGCAGGAGGCUGAGUCAGCAGUGAGGAACUGCUUCGGGGCUGUUCCACCCACUGUGCACACACCCUUCACAGCAUAGCAGAGACUCUCUGUGAUGGGGUGCCAGGAAACGAACGCAUCUGUAGAUACAUUUAACAAGGGUAAAAGGCUAGGAGUGUGGAGCCACGUUUUUCAAAGAGCCUUGGAAAUGGUAACAGAUAAUGAAAUUGGUACUCCAGAGAGCUGAUCUCUGCGUUCAUGUAUGUGUUUUAUGUCUAGAGACCACAGGUAAAGGCUUCUCCUCCUAGAGUUUUUUCCU